AUGCCCAACGGAACAGCCGAUAUACCAGCCGGCACAUCAGCCAGCGGAUCAACCGAAGGAAGCCGACCGAUCAGCAUUCGUGAUGCAGCGGACAUCGUACCAGCAUUCAACGGCCGCAAUAUACCUGUUUAUCAAUUUGCAAAGAGCUGUUUUAAGGCGAAGAAUAUAAUCUCCCCAAAUGCUGAGUACGGAUUGGUGCAGCUGAUUAAGAACAAAUUUUACGGGCAAGCUUCAAGAGUGGUACAAAACGGAGACUACGACACUAUUAAAGAAUUAAUUGCCGUAAUAAAGUCUCGUUUCGCCCCGCUGUUCACUUCAAUGCAGCUAUGUGGCGAUAUGGCAAGGAUGGUACAAGCGCCGACCGAGGCAGUCGUAGACUACGGCAGCCGCGUUUCGGGACUCUUGAUACAGAUCAAGAGUUGCAACGAGAUGGAGUUCCCAGAUCAGGUUGAAAGAUACAACCAAUCCUCGGAAACAAAUACCGUCAGAGCAUUCCUGACAGGUUUAAAACAAGAGGUAUAUAGUCGGAUGAGAAAUCAAAAUUUUGACAGUCUUGAAGAUGCAAUAAGCGCAGCAAUCCUAGCAGAAGCUGAGAGCAUAGAGAACCUAACGAAGGUUAAAUUAUCGCAAGGAUUCAUUACAGCCGAACAAUGCAACAAUUGUUACGGAUAUGGGCACAAUACCAGUGUAUGCUGCAGUCAGAGGUUCCAAAGACAAUCCACGUCGAGGGCCCACUGGCCAGCAAAAUACUGUCAGCACUGCCAAAGGUCCGGGCACACCUUGGAAACCUGCUGGUUUAAAGACCAGCAAGGAAGACCAGGGGUCCCUCAGGAUUUUGCGCAGCCAAAUCAAGCCCACAAGAAUCAACCUAUGCCAAGGCAGAAUCGAAAUUGGACACAAAAUAGAGCGCCAAUUUGCGAAUUUUGCCAAAACAUCGGCCAUACGAUUCAAGAGUGCCGAAAGAAAGCAUAUCAGGAGCGUGUCAAAAGCCAGACUCCAGCAAACUCCACAAGUACAACAGGAUACAUCAAAGUAAAAAUACUGGAGACAGAAUCCAUCUUCCACAUUAUUGAAGAAUUACCAAUUGAACAAGACGGAAUUUUGGGCACGGAAUACUUUAAAAGCAGUGGAGCUAGCAUCAAUUACGCUAAAUCUAUAUUGAUCGUAAACAACAAUAUAAUACCGUUCAAACAACCAGCAGUAGUAAUACCAUCCAGGACAAAAACCAUGAUACCCAUAAAGGUGUCAAACACAGAAAUAAAAACCGGUUUUGUCCCAAAACUGCAGCUUCACCCACAACUAUAUAUGGGGAAUGCUGUAGUCACGAACCGGGAUGGCAUAGCAUUUCUAUACGCAAUCAACGUUGGAGCAGAAGAUAUAGAAAUUGAAAUGCCAGCUGUUGAACUGCAACAAUAUGAAGAAGCACCGCAAGACGAAGAUGCAGUCCACCAAGAACCUGAGCGAGCCCAAAAGAUUCUAAAGAUACUACAGACAGACCAUCUAAAUCAAGAAGAAUUUGCCAAUGUAGAGGAUAUAGUAAAAGAGCACGCUGACAGAUUUUAUAUAGAUGGAGAUAAACUCCCAGCAACAAAUAAAAUCUACCAUAGAAUCAUCACAACGGAUGAGAUGCCUGUAAACGUUAAGCAAUACAGGUAUCCUCAUGCGUUAAAAGAUGAAAUCAAUCAUCAAGUAAAUGAUCUCCUUGAGAAAGGAAUAAUCAAACAUUCAUCGUCACCAUUUAACUCCCCCUUGUGGAUAGUACCUAAGAAACAGGAUUCACAGGGAAACAAAUUGUGGAGAUUGGUGAUUGAUUUCCGAAAGCUAAACGAAAAAACAAUCAGCGAUGCCUAUCCACUACCCAAUAUUACAGACAUCCUGGAUCAAGUGGGAAGCGCAAAAUACUUCUCCGUGUUUGAUUUGAAGUCCAGUUUUCAUCAAACACCAAUGCAUCCAGAAGACAAGCAUAAGACGGCAUUUUCGACACCAUUUGGGCACUUUGAAUUCAACAGAAUGCCUUUUGGGUUGAAAAAUGCUGCAGCUACGUUCCAACGUCUGAUGAACAACGUCCUAGACGGACUGCAAGGACUGGAACUAUUCGUGUUCAUCGAUGACAUUGUAAUUUAUGCAAGUUCGUUACAAGAACACGAAACCAAAGUCAAUAGGAUGAUGGCAAAGCUCAGAGAAGCAAACUUAUGCUUGCAACCUGACAAAUGCCAAUUUCUGAAGAAAGAAGUAGCGUACCUGGGUCACAUAAUUACAGAAGACGGUGUAAGACCUGACCCAGCAAAGGUUGAAGCGGUCCAGAGGUUCCCCAUUCCUAAGACUGUCAAAAACAUUAGACAAUUUCUGGGAUUGUGCGGAUACUACAGACGUUUUAUUAAAGACUUCUCUAAGAUAGCCAAGCCAUUAUCCGACCUGACGAAGAAAGAACAAAAAUUCGAGUGGUCCAGCCAACAGCAGCAAGCCUUCGAAUUCUUGAGAAACGUACUAUGCGAAGAACCGAUCCUGCAAUAUCCAGACUUUAAGAGACCAUUUAAUAUAACCACUGAUGCAUCCGGAACAGCGGUAGGAGCAGUCCUAAGUCAAGGAGAGAUAGGAAAGGAUCAGCCAGUAGCUUACGCCUCAAGAGUAAUGAAUAAGCCGGAAACGCAAUAUUCCGCAACAGAGAGAGAAUUACUUGCUGUAAUAUUUGCAGUAAAUCACUUCAGACCAUAUAUAUUUGGCAGGAAGUUUUAUUUAAUUACAGAUCACAAACCAUUGAUCUGGCUAAAUAGUCUCACAGAUCCUACAUCGAGACUCAUGCGAUGGAAAUUGAGAUUGAGCGAGUACGAUUAUGAAAUAAAGUACAAACCAGGCAAACAAAAUAUAAACGCUGACGCUCUUUCGAGAAAUCCAAUCGAAGAUAUAAACGCCCUGCAAAUACAUGCUAAGAGGCUGCAUUCGUCUACGUCUGGGUCAAAAAAGAAGCGUAAGAAGAAGAAAGAGUGGCACCAAUAUCCCACUCGCCCCAGACAAACGACGACCACUUCAGAAUCGGGCAAACACAAGAAAAGGAAAGAGUGGCACCAAUAUUCCACUCGCCCAAGACAAACAACAACCACGUCAGAAUCAAGAGAAUUCAAAAAGAAAAAGGAAUCACACCAGUAUCCUACCAGACUCAGACCAACAACUACGACUGAGUCUGAAGAACACAAAAAGAAAAAAGAAUGGCAUCAAUAUCCUAGAAGACCAAGGCCAACAACUUCAUCUAGUUCACGGGAUAUUAAGAAAAGGAAAAUAAGCCAUAAACAUUUAACACGACCACGAGACGAUUCCUCAGAAUUCGAAACAAGAAAAAAAUAUCGGAAAGACAGGAUACGAGAAAGAAGUUUUUCUCAAGAGGACAACGCAACAAAGAAAAGAGUAAAAGAGGAUUAUACAAGCUCAGAUGAAUCUCAAUAUUAUGAAACAGAUGUAUCUGAAGAGCCACCAAAACCAAGAAAAAGAACAAAUUUAAAUCCAAAAAUAUAUUCCUCUGAAGAGAUCAAAAAGAAAAGAAGACCUAAUGAACAGCAAGUCAUUGUAGAAGUACAUCAACCACCACAGGAUCGAAAAUAUAUCAUUCCACAGAAAAGACCUAUAAAUAGGGAACCAGUAAUAAUUGGAGAUGAAAUAGAAGAAUACAACGAAGAAACAAUUAUACCGAAACACAUUUUCAGAGAACCACCUAAAAUCGAUUCUUCUUCAAGCACAAGAGGAAGAUCUCCAAAGAAACCGAAGACCAUCUAUGGAUGA